UUAUGUCCCGAGAUUUCUGAAUCUGCACGAAUACAUAAUUGAUUAUUUCGUCUACCGCCGCCCACGACUUUACCCGCUCUAUCAUCAUCCACCAUGUCUGCUCCUCCUACCGUCAAGACGACUGUACUCACGGGUUUGGCACCCCGAACUAAACCCGACACCUUAGAGCAGUUGCGAGUCACUGCGGUGCUGGCGGCGAUGAAGCAACAAGAGGCAGAGGAGGCCAGCCGUCGCGCUGCAGAGCACCUCCAGCGUGCCGAAGAGGCUAAGAUGAAGGCCGAGCAAGAGGGUCAGAGGAGGGCAGCAGAGAGGAAGAGAGCAGAGGCGGAGAAGAAGAGAGCGGCGGCGGAGACGAAGAGAGCGGCGGCGGAGAAGAAGAGAAAGGCGGCGGAGACGAAGAACAAGAAUAACAAGAAGACUGGGGCGGAGACGAAGAACAAGAAUAACAAGAAGAAUAACAAGAAGACUGGGGCGAAGCCUGCGCACCGAUGCACGGCAUGCACCAAGGCCAAGUCCAGCACAGCCUGUAUAUUCUCGGCAACGAGAAGCAUGGUCAAUAAAUGUGACCGCUGUAGAAGCAUGAAGAUUGCCUGCACGUUCCCUGGAGAAGUGAAGGAGCCAAAGCAGGAGAAGAGGACGGUCACGGAUGAUGUAGAAUCACCUCGUGAAGGCAAGGGCAAGAAGAAGAGUCGACAUCAAAGCCAGAACCCGAGCCCGAUGGAGGUUGAAGAGGAAGCGGAAGCGGACGAGAGGACGCCAACGGUAGUAGCCGCUCUGGAGGUGCUAGCAAAGAAAGUUGAGCAGCUUACCAAUGUGGUGGAGGGCAAGUUUGCCCAGCUUAAUGAUGUGAUCGUCGAGGGGUUCGCCUUGCACCAGAAGGAGCAACAUCUCGUGGCUACUACGCUGGACCUGAUUUUUAAGGCACUGGAGUCCCGGGAGGAGUUAAUGCUCUUCUCGCAGUGCAAUAAUAGUCUAGGCUGGAUCUGAGCAUUUACUCAAUUCGAGCACUACGGCAUUGUAUAUCUUCAAUUUAUCUGGGUACCAUUUAGUGCAGCGACGCCAACCUGCACUGACACACUACAUAUACCCGUGCUGGAAAAGUUGCUCGUACAAAAACCAAAUCUCCGACGCACCUAGCUAUAGAAUCUGGUACCAGGAGGUGCUUGCAUUAAACGAG